AAGAAAUAUAAUAAUAAAUUUAAUUAUCAAAGUAGAAUUGUAAAGGAAACUAAAUUUAUUGCAAGAUGUUGGAUUUGUAAAAAUCUAGUAGCUCUCCUUUUAACAGCUGUGAUGAAAAAAAUUCUAAUAAUAGGAAAGUAGUACCGUUUAAUUAGUAAUAUGCCGAUUGUGAUAUCUAAGCAGUUAGUUUUAAAAUGGGUUCAUAUAAUAAUAGUUUCAAUUAAGUAGAAGAAAAAAAUGGAAUUCAAUUUUUAUAAGAAAGCAACUUGUAGCUUACAAACCAAUAAUAAUCUAAUUAGAAAAAACUAGACACAUAAUAUGAUGAUACUAUAUUUAAAACAUUUUAUCCUACUAGCGAUGCAAUUGAACAAAAUAUUACAAAUUCUCACUAAAAAAACAAUUAAAUAAUAAUGGAUGAUAAAACCUCUACUUAAUAAAAUAUUAAAAUAUAAAGUAACAAAUUACAAAAGUAAAACACAUUAAAUACCACACAAAAAGAAUUAGUCGCAAGUAAUUUAAAAGAAAAAGAAAACAGUGUUUUCCAAUAAUCAGAAUAUUUAUCGCGAUUUAAUAGUGGCUCUAUAAUUCAAGCAAAAGGAGAAUCAAAAGUAGCACAAUCUAAUUAAAAAAGUCAUAGUUUUGGAAAUGCUCUUCUGGUUAAAAAAUUCAUUAAUAAGUUAAAGGCUAAAUCAACUAAUUAUAUUCUUAAUCUGAUAACAUAAAACAUUUUUGAACUAAUCUAUGAUAAAUCCUCAGACUACAACUAGUUUACUAAUUAGAGAAAGUUAAAGCAAAAGGAUAAAGAAAAAACCUUAAUACACAAGCUUAUCAUUCGUACUAUUGAUUACAUCUAUAAGGCAUUUUUGAAUUAGAAUUACAUUUUUCUUCCAGAAAAUAUACUGAUAUUCAUUUGGGAAGUAUUGCUAUCAAUCUACUUGUUAUCUCAAAUAAUUAUUCAGCCUCUGAGAGACUCCUUCCCAACUUAUCUAGAUUAUACCAACAAUGAUAUGCUAUUUUUCCACUAAUAGAUCUUACCUAUAUGUAUCUUUGCAACUGAUACUUUUUUUUUAUUUAAUACAGCUAUUUUUAAAAAUGGUUAAAUUAUUAAGGAUAGAAAGUUUAUCUUUAAGACAGCAUUAUAAAAACAUUUUAUAUUUGAGUUAAUUGUCAUAACUUUAUACUAUAUAGGUACUUCAUUUACUGAUUACAGUGUAUUAAAAUAUUCCAUCUUGCUCAAAUCCUUUGAGUUUUUUAGCUUAUUCAAAAAAUUUUGCAAUUUAUUUGAUCAUAAUCAAAAUGGGCUUAUUUACACAUAAUCUGCUUUGAUAGUUCUGCAAAUAUUUAUUUUAGCUCAUAUUUCUGCAUGCAUUUUUAUAACAGUUGCAAACGCCUCUGCACCUAGCAUUACUUGGAUUACAAAGCUAUAAGAAGUAACAGAAAUUACAAAUCUUACCAUAUCUCAGAUUUAUGUUUCUGCUUUGUAUUGGAGUAUAAUAACAAUGGUAACUCUAGGAUAUGGAGAUAUUGUACCAAUUAGUCAAAAUGAAAAAUUAUUCGUAAUAUUUAUUGCAUUUGUAUCGUGCGGUCUCUUUGGCUAUUCUUUUAAUCUGAUAAGUGAAAUUAUUAAUGAAAGUUAAAAAAACAAAAAUAAGAUAAAAAACGAUUUAGAAAUGCUGAAUAAUCUUAUCGAUGAAAGAGGAUUGAGCAAUGAGCUUAAAAAUAAAGUAAGAAGGUAUUUUGAGUAUCUUUAUAAAGAAAAGAUGAAGAAUACUGAAAUAGGAUAUGAAAUGAUAGGUACAUUACCUCCCAAUUUAAAAGAUGAAGUUAUGAAUGACCUCUACUCAAAAAUUUUAAAGUAACACCCCUUGUUUUCAAAGAAUUUUUCUGAUUAAUUUAUUGCUGAGCUUUCUCUUACUAUGAAAGAGCUAAAAGUAGGUCCAGAAUUGAUAAUCCUAAAAAAGUAGCAAAUAUAAGAUAAGUUAUACUUUAUCUUAAAUGGAGAAGUAAACUCUUACUUGUAGAAGUUAACAAAUGUUAACAAUAUAAUUGAACAAUUAACCAAAGGAGCAGUGAUUGGGCUUUAAGAAUUUAUUACUUAAACACCAAUUGAGUACUUUUAUAAAAGUGAAUCAGUAGCAUCUUUAGGGUAUAUAGAGUAUUCAGAAUUUUAUGAAACACUAAAAAAACAUCCAAAAGAUUAUGAGAUCUAUUACAAGAUUAAGGAUAAACUGAGUGUUUACAGAGAAGGCAGUGCAUGUAGAUUGUUUUGCAGAUUCUGUAAAAAAUCAGUUCAUUCAAGUGAUGAAUGUCCAUUAAUUACUUAUUAACCUAAUAUUAAUAAGAUAGUAUACAAGUUGAAAUAGCUAGAAUUAAUCUAAUAAGAUAGAGAUAGUUAUAAAAGAGUCAAUAAACAAAAGCAGAAUUCAAGGCACAUAUUUACAACUAUUAAUGAUAAUGCUAAUAAAGUUGCAAACGACUUAGUAAAUAACUUAUAGAAAUCAUAAGAAACAUAUGAAUAAAGCAAAUAAGAAAUAAUAGACUCAUUAAUUCAAAACUAGUACAAUAAUGAAAAAUUAGAAAAUGAAUCAAGCAAAGAAAAUAAGAUUGAAGAGUAACUUCAAUCGAUUAGGCAAAGAAGAAUUUCUUUUCAAUUAAGUUUAGCAAGGAAAUCUAUUGAACACUCUCAUAUUUUCUCUAACAAUACAUAGUUUUUUUAUUAAAAAGAAAACUCUAAAACUUAAUAUGAAUAAGAAGAAAACCUUAUUGCAGAGAGUUAAAAUAAAUUGAAUUCAAUUGAUAAUUUACCAUAAAUAGAAAAAACAAGCGAAUAACCUGUUAAUUAAAAAAAUUUUAAUAAUUUUAAUUAAUUAGAAGAAAUAAAAGAAAUUAUUCACUAAAAUAGUAACCAAAAUGAAGGAGGAGAAGGAUCUUAAUAUUUUUCUUAUUUUGAUUAAAGUUUUGCAUAAUAAGAUAAAAUUAAUUUCGAUGAAGAAUAAAAUCAAAACCUAGAUAAAAUACAGACAUUUAACUUAUUCUAAAUAGAACCUAGCAGCAAUAAAUCAUUUUAAAAUAACUUAAUUUAGUAAAACUCACCAAUUAAACGUAGAAGUCAGUUUUAUGAUUAGAAUUAAUUUGAAAAAUGUUAUUCAGAGAAUAAGUCAGUUUCAGAGGAGUUAGUCAGCACAAAAUGUUUAGAAAAAAGUAAAACAUUCACAAAUUUUUUAUUUGAUCAAGAUAAUUUAGUAAGAUUUCAUAGAAAAAAGUUAUCAAAUGUCAUCAUAAACCCUAAUUUUAAUAUUUUUGAUACACCUUUGUCAUAAAAACAUCCUAAGAGAACAACUUCUAAUAAUACUUAAUUGCAUUUAAUUAGUCUGUAAAGCUAACAAAAUUAAUAAUAAUAAUAAUAAUAGUUAUAAAUAUCUCCUACAAACUCACAAACCAAUAUUUAGCAUAUUUUUGAAGAAGAAUAUUAAUUACCUUUUAUUUUGCUGAAUGAUUUUGAUAAAUUUUAAAAUUAUAUUUACUAUUUCCCCCAUAAUAAUCCAAGCUUAAUCCUAAGAAAUAUAGAAGAUUAGCGUCUUUAAAGAAUAGAAAGGUAAAGAAAGCUUAAAUAAAAAAAGAAUUAAAAUGAAAAAUCAAAAUUUGUAAGUUCAAAUAUUCCUGAUAAAAAGAAUUGA